CACUCUUCGACCGUGUGUAAAUAGGUACACACACGGCCACAACACUUGCUUUGCUUAAGUCGUUGCACCGCUCAGCGACUGAAAAUGCCACGCGGCCAGGGCAAGCGCCUGGCUCAGCUCCUUGGAGCUCAGCUGAAGCAGUACGCAGCGGAGGUGCGUGGCAUCAGCACAGCUGGUGGCGCUUCUCGCGGUGGAGCUCGAGGACCUGCAUCCCCUAGCUCGCUAGAGCAGCAGACGCGCCAGGUCGCUCAGGUUGCUGUUCAGCAGUCGACUCAGCAGGCAGUGAAGGUCGUUGUGCCGGCCAUCAAAGUAGACCUGGUUGGUGCGGUCAGCUCGGUGUCUGAGAGCGACAAGGUGGAGCCGGGUGUGUUCAAGAACGUGGAUGGCCACCGCUUCGAGGACGGUCGCUAUGCCGCUUUUGUUGAGGAGAUUACAAAGUUUAUCCCCAAGGAGCGCCAGUACUCGGACCCCGUGCGCACAUUCGCGUAUGGCACGGAUGCCUCCUUCUACCGGCUUAACCCGAAGCUGGUAGUGAAGGUGCACAACGAGGACGAGGUCCGCCGCAUCAUGCCCAUCGCGGAGCGGCUGCAGGUCCCUAUCACCUUCCGCGCGGCCGGCACGUCGCUGUCUGGGCAGGCAAUUACCGACUCGGUGCUCAUUAAGCUGAGCCACACGGGCAAGAACUUCCGCAACUUUACCGUGCACGGCGACGGUAGCGUGAUCACGGUGGAGCCGGGCCUCAUUGGCGGCGAGGUGAACCGCAUCCUGGCGGCACACCAGAAGAAGAACAAGCUGCCCAUCCAGUACAAGAUCGGACCCGACCCCUCCUCCAUCGACAGCUGCAUGAUCGGCGGCAUCGUGUCCAACAACAGCAGCGGCAUGUGCUGCGGCGUGAGCCAGAACACCUACCACACGCUGAAGGACAUGCGGGUGGUGUUCGUAGACGGAACGGUGCUGGACACGGCCGACCCCAACUCGUGCACCGCCUUCAUGAAGAGCCACCGCUCGCUGGUGGAUGGCGUCGUGAGCCUGGCGCGCCGCGUGCAGGCCGACAAGGAGCUGACGGCGCUCAUCCGCCGCAAGUUCGCCAUCAAGUGCACCACCGGCUACUCCCUGAACGCGCUGGUGGACUUCCCGGUGGACAACCCCAUUGAGAUCAUCAAGCACCUCAUCAUCGGCAGCGAGGGCACGCUGGGCUUCGUCAGCCGCGCCACCUACAACACCGUGCCCGAGUGGCCCAACAAGGCCUCGGCCUUCAUCGUGUUCCCGGACGUGCGCGCCGCCUGCACCGGCGCCUCGGUGCUGCGCAACGAGACGUCCGUGGACGCGGUGGAGCUGUUUGACCGCGCCAGCCUGCGCGAGUGCGAGAACAACGAGGACAUGAUGCGCCUGGUGCCCGACAUCAAGGGCUGCGACCCCAUGGCGGCAGCGCUGCUGAUCGAGUGCCGCGGCCAGGACGAGGCCGCACUGCAGAGCCGCAUUGAGGAGGUGGUGCGCGUGCUGACGGCGGCGGGCCUGCCCUUCGGCGCCAAGGCCGCGCAGCCCAUGGCCAUCGACGCCUACCCCUUCCACCACGACCAGAAGAACGCCAAGGUCUUCUGGGACGUGCGCAGGGGCCUGAUCCCCAUUGUGGGCGCGGCGCGCGAGCCCGGCACAUCCAUGCUGAUCGAGGACGUGGCCUGCCCCGUGGACAAGCUGGCCGACAUGAUGAUCGACCUGAUCGACAUGUUCCAGCGCCACGGCUACCACGACGCCUCCUGCUUCGGCCACGCGCUCGAGGGCAACCUUCACUUGGUGUUCUCGCAGGGCUUCCGCAACAAGGAGGAGGUGCAGCGCUUCAGCGACAUGAUGGAGGAGAUGUGCCACCUGGUGGCCACCAAGCACUCGGGCAGCCUCAAGGGCGAGCACGGCACGGGCCGCAACGUGGCGCCGUUCGUGGAGAUGGAGUGGGGCAACAAGGCGUACGAGCUGAUGUGGGAGCUCAAGGCGCUGUUCGACCCCAGCCACACCCUCAACCCGGGCGUCAUCCUCAACCGCGACCAGGACGCGCACAUCAAGUUCCUGAAGCCCUCGCCCGCGGCCUCGCCCAUCGUCAACCGCUGCAUCGAGUGCGGCUUCUGCGAGUCCAACUGCCCCUCGCGCGACAUCACGCUCACGCCGCGCCAGCGCAUCUCCGUGUACCGCGAGAUGUACCGCCUCAAGCAGCUGGGCCCGGGCGCCAGCGAGGAGGAGAAGAAGCAGCUGGCGGCCAUGAGCAGCUCGUACGCCUACGACGGCGAGCAGACGUGCGCGGCGGACGGCAUGUGCCAGGAGAAGUGCCCCGUCAAGAUCAACACGGGAGACCUGAUCAAGUCGAUGCGUGCCGAGCACAUGAAGGAGGAGAAGACCGCCAGCGGCAUGGCAGACUGGCUGGCCGCCAACUUCGGCGUCAUCAACUCCAACGUGCCGCGCUUCCUCAACAUCGUCAACGCCAUGCACAGCGUGGUGGGCUCGGCGCCUCUGUCCGCCAUCAGCCGCGCGCUCAACGCCGCCACCAACCACUUCGUGCCGGUGUGGAACCCCUACAUGCCCAAGGGCGCGGCGCCGCUCAAGGUGCCCGCCCCGCCGGCGCCGGCAGCUGCUGAGGCCUCGGGCAUCCCGCGCAAGGUGGUGUACAUGCCCAGCUGCGUGACGCGCAUGAUGGGCCCCGCCGCCUCCGACACCGAGACGGCGGCGGUGCACGAGAAGGUGAUGAGCCUGUUCGGCAAGGCCGGCUACGAGGUGAUCAUCCCCGAGGGCGUGGCCAGCCAGUGCUGCGGCAUGAUGUUCAACAGCCGCGGCUUCAAGGACGCCGCCGCCAGCAAGGGCGCGGAGCUGGAGGCGGCGCUGCUCAAGGCCUCGGACAAUGGCAAGAUCCCCAUCGUCAUCGACACCUCGCCCUGCCUGGCGCAGGUGAAGAGCCAGAUCAGCGAGCCGUCGCUGCGCUUCGCGCUGUACGAGCCGGUUGAGUUCAUCCGGCACUUCCUGGUGGACAAGCUGGAGUGGAAGAAGGUGCGCGACCAGGUGGCCAUCCACGUGCCCUGCUCCUCCAAGAAGAUGGGCAUCGAGGAGUCCUUCGCGAAGCUGGCGGGCCUGUGCGCCAACGAGGUGGUGCCCUCGGGCAUUCCUUGCUGCGGCAUGGCGGGCGACCGCGGCAUGCGCUUCCCCGAGCUGACCGGCGCCUCGCUGCAGCACCUCAACCUGCCCAAGACCUGCAAGGACGGCUACUCCACCAGCCGCACCUGCGAGAUGUCGCUCAGCAACCACGCCGGCAUCAACUUCAGGGGCCUGGUGUACCUGGUGGAUGAGGCCACGGCGCCUAAGAAGCAGGCCGCCGCUGCCAAGACCGCGUAAGGCGGCAGCAGGAGGCUGUAGGACGCGCACGUAAGGACACUGAGCGGGAGUGUCGGCUGGGCUAUGAGGCGGGGCAAGACGCAGCCCAACGCGUGAGCAAACGGGAAUGCUGCCGGAGCGCUUUUUGAAAAAGGGUCCCCUUGCUACGCACUAGUUGUGGCGGGGCGCGGACGGUGGAUGGACAACAGGCUUAUCGGACGCCGUGAGCAGCCGCAGUACUAGGCGGCUGCGGAACCGGAGGGCUAGCUACUAGAGAAGGCGUAGCCUACCUCGCGAUUUUGAGUGAUUUUAGCGUCGUGGCGGCGCACGUUGUUUUGUUGUGUGACGGCAGUUUUGUUCCCAUUGUUUGCGAGUGUGCGGGAGCGUGUCUGGUGGUACGAGUGCAUGGUGGUUGUCAAGAGUGUAGGCAUUUGCAAUGCACCGCGUGUAGCGGCGCUGAGUGCUGUGUGUGCUGUGUUGCUCGUUGAGCAAAGGCUUAUCUAUCUAAAACUGAGUUGUAGGAGACUCAUUGCUGUCAGAUUACAGGCGGGCACUGAAGGCUGGCGGCGUUCAGGUGAUUGGGGAACGCACGGCAUGGUGGAGCAUGUAGGGGUGAGGUUCACGAGGUCUGCUACGAAUAAGAGCAUCUGUAAGGCAUCCUGGAC